AUGAAGAUUAUCUUUUUCUUGGUGCUCGCUGGUCUCAGCCUCUCUCAUGGCUUUGAAUGUAUACAGAAACUUCAAGCAGAGACUAGUCUGGAGUGCUUGCAAAAUGCAUUAAAGAUUGCUCCAACAUUUCUUGAAAAAUUGGUAUACUUUCUGUGUAACUAUAAAAAAGGGAUUGAAAACAAUAAAAAAGAAUUUGAAGACGCUCUCCGUGAAUUGAUAGAAAUACUGGAAUGUGCGGGCUGUACUGUAGAUAAACUUAUCGGCACAAAAGUCACAAUUGAAGAUCUUUUAGGAGAUAUUGGAGGGGCUGGAAAAGAUGUAGUCUAUGAAAUCCUAAAAAUUGCUGAUAAACUAAAAUUAACUGGACCUGUGGCAAACUUAGCAUGCAGCCUGUUGACCAAUAUCAGUAAUGCCCAAGGAAAUCCAAUUAUCAAUCCGAAGGUCUGGGUUGAAAGUGGAGUAAUAUUCUUGGAACCAAAGGCCGCUGUAGCAGAGAGACAAGGAAGCUUUGCCAAAAUUGAUAUAAUAUUAUUAAUUGCGCUUAAAGCAGUAGUUGGGUUUGAUGUCAAUAUUAGUACAUCAUCUGCAAAGAGUCCAAUGCGGUGA